CUGCCUGUUUGAGCACUGACUCAGUUUGUUAUAAUAAAGAGCUCUCAAUAACCGUGUAGCUGGAAAUAAACAAACAAAUAAAUAAAAGCAGGAGUAUGAAAUGGGUUCGACCAGCUCUGACCUGGCUAAAAUCCCAAACGUGGAGGAUUUAAUGCGAGAAACUGGGUUCACUCGUGCACACCUUGUUCGUCUGUACGACCGUUACCAAUCUUUAGACAAAGACAACAAGGGCCAUCUUAGUGCACAGGACUUUGGAGCCAUAAAGCAGCUGGCCAUGAAUCCAAUAUGUGACAGAAUAAUAGGGGCCUUCUUCUCUUCAGGGCAAGAAACACUGGACUUCCCAUCCUUUGUGAGGAUCUUGGCACAUUUCCGUCCCGUCGAUAAGAACCAAUCCAAAGAGCCCAACUCGCCUGACCCCAUUAACAGCAAAAUCAACAAACUGAAAUUUGCUUUUCAGUUGUAUGAUCAGGACAAGGACGGCAAGAUUUCCAGACAAGAACUCUUUCAGGUUCUCCAGGCCAUGCUGGAGAGCCAGGUAACACAAGAACAACUGGAAUGCAUAGUAGACCGCACUAUUCAAGAGGCAGACCUGGACAACGACGAUGCCAUAUCUUUUGAAGAGUUUCGGAAGUCUCUGGAAAAGGUCGACAUUGACCACAAGAUGAGCAUCCGCUUCCUGCGAUAAAGCAUGACGAGCUCUCAACAAGCACCGAGAAUUAAGUGUGGUCUUCGGGGAGGGGGAGCGUUUCCACCACAGACAUGGGAAAAAAAGUUGUGUUUUAUAAUAUUUACUGGAAUGCAGUUGUUUUUUCAGCCCACAGUCAGAGCUGGGAAGUGAAUGAUAUUUGGUGAAAUAUGGUUUUAGUCAGUGUGAUCUUUGGUAUGAGCAGUUGGUUUUGAUGUCAGACUGUGAUUUUAAUUUCGACUGUAUUUACUGUGCUUACUAUGCAUGAUUUUAAACACUUGCUGAGAAUGGACUAGCUACUACUGUAUGUGCAUCUCACAUGGGGUAAACGUAGCCCGUUUUUGCGAAAUAUCUAAAUACAUAACAUCAUACUGUAUUUGCCAGCCCCAAAUAUAUUACGUAUUAACAAGAGGUUUAGAAGACAUAGCUUUUGUCAAGCUGCUUCAUAAUUUUUUGGUUUAAAAAUAUUACUUUAAGUUUGGAAAGAAGUAAAAGCUUGAGUUUACAGGGUUUUAUUUGUAGUUCAACUGUUCUUGCAGUUCUAUACUAUACAGUACAACCCUUUCAUAUCUUCUUAACUACUGUCUUAGAAAGCAUGUGUAUGCAAGUGUGUGUGUGUAUAUGCAGAUGAUUACUGAUCCUAAAGAGAGCGCUUACAAAAGGGAUUUACCUUAUAAACCUUGAUUUUUGUAUAACAAUAAAACUGCUGCCACUACUCGUAUCAAACAGGACUUAACGUCGUUAAAUAUACAUUUUUGUAUACGUUCUUUGUUCCAAGUUUUAGUGUAAUGAAUUUGUAUCUAAUGCCUACCUCACUAAUCCUACUGAUUUAAAGGAGCUUUAUGUGACCAUUAACAAAAAGCCUUGGAUAUAAAGCACACUUAUUGGUUUCAAAAACGUGUUUGUGAAUGCAGUUUUGGAAUUUGUAUUAAUAAUUGUUUAAAAAAUUAAUUAAAUUUUUACUUCUCUU